UCGGAAGUUCGACGGUCGGACGGUCGGCGGUCUGCUGUGACUGUCCACUGACCAGUUGCACCGCGCACGGCGGCCGUGUGAGACGUGUGGUGUGAUGUGUUAAGUUACCGCCAUAUCUAUAUCGUGUUUCUAGCGGCUGCGAUCAAAACUCAGAACGGGUUUGAACGUAGAGUAAAAUGAGCGUCUCGCAUUACGACACGCGUUGCGACUUACCGCACUAUUUUUGCCGAUAAAAUUUUUGCAAAUUUGAUAUAUAGAGCGCGAUAUCGCGAUAGUAUUUAUUAUUCGAUAUCGCAUGACGCCUUCACGACUCCGUCGACAUGUGAUCGGGCGGCAAAAUCCCGUCAAAGCAGCUCGCUGAUGUCUACCCCCGACGAAAAAGGGAUAAAAAGACUAUUCCUGGAAUGCACACAUGUGGUCGGCUGGUGAGACUGGGUGCUUUAAUUGAAGCAGUGCUGCUACGAUGCCGCGAAGGAGCAAGUGGAUGCAUCUGCUGGCCGGCAUCGUCGCCGGAGUCACGUUGGGUGUUUUUUUGAUACUGUGCUUGAGGACUUCUUCGCGGUCUGUGGAAACUUGUCCGGUGGCGGCUAAGACGUAUGUGGCUCCGGACCCCCUGGUGUUAAUAGAUUUAAAACCGGACGAAAAUAUACAAAAUUCUAACAGAACUUUAGUGUUUGUCGGUGUGAUGACCGCGGAACAGUAUCUGACUACUAGGGCCAGAGCGGUUUAUGAAACCUGGGCUCAAGACCUACCAGGCAGAUUAGCGUUCUUUAGCUCGGAAGUAUCGCGGGCCCCGGGUCUGCCUCUGGUGUCGUUGCGGAACGUCGACGACAGUUAUCCUCCGCAGAAGAAGUCAUUCAUGAUGCUGUUGUAUAUGUACGAGAAUUACGGUGACAAGUUCGAGUGGUUCAUGCGUGCGGACGACGACGUUUACGUGAGAGGUGACAAGUUGGGGCGGUUCUUGAGAUCCGUGGACAGUAGGAAGCCGCAGUUUAUAGGGCAAGCUGGGAGAGGGACCAACUCAGAGAGGGACGCUUUGGCCUUAGAUUACAACGAGAACUUCUGUAUGGGAGGGCCUGGAGUGCUGAUGUCGCGGGAGACUCUCCGGCGAGUGGCUCCUCACGUGAAGUACUGUCUGAAGCAUCUUUACACGACACACGAGGACGUCGAGAUCGGCCGCUGUGUCGCCAAAUUCGCUGGAGUAUCCUGCACCUGGAGCUACGAUAUGCAGACCAUACUUCACCAUAACAGCAGCGGCGCGGCGGCUUACACCGGCCGUCUGAAGAAACGAGAGAUCCACCGAGCGAUCACGCUACAUCCGGUAAAAGAUCAUCGUCAGAUGUACCGACUACACACAUACUUUAAGAAUCUUCACAUCCAAAGCCUCCGAGAGCAGUCGUUGGACCUCCACAGAGACAUCGCCUCUUCAGUUCGCGAGCUGGGCGUAAAGAUGGAUCAAGUGUCGGAUUACGAGCUCGAGCCCGGGGUGCCGCUGUUCCCCGCCAAGACGGGGGAGCCGGGGUACUUAGGAAACAAUCGGAUAUUAGGAGCGCCCGUGGACUUCAACAGGUUCAAGGCGGACAACCCGGAAGAUAUAGUGCCUUUCGAUUUCAUCAGCAAGUCCAUCUACUCCAUCAGUCACUCCAACCCCAAGAGGAGAAUAGAAACUCCUCUCAAGGAGGCUAUAGACGAUAUUAUUAGAGAGGUGAUGGAGAUCAUCAACGGCCCGUCUCGUCAGCGCGGGCGCGUCAUCGACUUCAACGAGCUUCUGUACGGGUACGUCCGCCUGCAGCCGCUCCACGGCGUGGACACGGUGCUGGAUCUGCUGCUGCACUACAGGAGGUACCGCGGCAGGAAGAUGACCGCCGCCGUCCGCAGGCACGCCUACCUACAGCAGACCUUCGCCGCUACGGAAAUCCGCGAGUUACCGAUGGGCGAACCACCGCCGGCCGAGGACCCGCGGGUACUGGAGAGACUUGACCUGGACGGGAGGAACUCUCGGCACGAGUACGAGGACCUGGAAGAUACGGAGAGAGACAGCCCCAGCAGUCUGCUGGACAGGAUAAAGGUCAGGGAAGCCUUCCAAAACGGUCUGUCGCAUCUGAGGAACGGCCUCCCGAAAAUAUUGAAGUGGACCGACGACUUCGAGUACCCGAUUUACGACCGACGGAUACACUUCAUCCUGCCGCUGAUGGGGCGAGCCGAGAUAUUCCACAGGUUCAUGAGGAACUACGAGGACAUAGUGCUGAGGAGCGACGAGACUGUCAGUCUCAUAGUGGUCUUGUACAUGGACAGCAAGAAGCCACUGGACUACGAGAACUCGGAGGCGUUGAUCACGACUUACAAAGAUAGGUACGGCAAGGACAUCCGCUUAGUGUCCAUGGGUUCCAGAACUUUCUCCCGGGGAGCCGCGCUGAGCGCCGGGCUCGAGCUGAUAGACGACGACCAGCUCGCCUUCUUCGUCGACGUGGACAUGAUGUUCAACCACGUGUCGCUCAGGAGGAUCAGAAUAAACACCAUCAAGUACCACCAGGUCUACUUCCCCAUCGUGUUCAGCGAGUACAACCCCGAGGUGGUCUACGGCGACGACUACAACAAGUUCAAAGGCGAGACGCUGGUCAUGAAGAGCGACCUCGGCAAAUACGUCGCCAAAGACGACCAGUUGACGGCGGCCCAGCUGGCGGACCUCAAGUACAGCAAACAGAUCACCGACGACUUCGGAUACUUCAGGCAGUACGGCUUCGGGAUACUCGGGAUAUACAAGUGUGACUUCAUGAGAGUGGGGGGCUUCGACCUCAACAUCAAGGGCUGGGGCUUGGAGGACGUCCAGCUUUUCGAGACCUUGAUCAAAUCCAACCUCACGGUGUUCCGGAUCGCCGACGACACCCUCGUGCACAUCUUCCAUUCGGUGGACUGCGAUAAGAAUUUAGAGAAGAGCCAGUUCCUCAUGUGUCUGGGGACCAAGGCCUCCACGUACGGGAGUGACAAGCAUAUGUACUACUACAUGUUGAACCAUCCGGAACUACUGUGGCCUCGAGACGAGAAGGGAGCGAGCUAGCACCGCCCGGCCCGUGGUCACUGCACAUGUGGACUUGUCAACCAGCCAGGGCGGGCGGGUGUCGGCAGCUCUGCCACGACUUAACUAACUGUUACGAUAGCGCUAGUGUAAGUGAUAUUUUGUUACAUUCUUUGUACAGUAAUGUUAGAGGGAGCUAUUUAUUAUACAAGGACCAUGUUAGUAGUAGUUUUUAUAAUACGGAAGUCAAUAUUUUUGGACGCAUUUAUAUAUUGUAUACAAGGUUCCUAUUGUUCUUUUGUUAGCAAAUGUAAUACUCGACCCAUGGUGGUGACGUCAGCGUAAGAUACGUUUUAUAUUUUAUAAAGCAUUUAACAUAAACACACACAGACAUAGUUUCCAACACGUGUGUACAUUUUUAUAAGGACGUGAUACAUCUGUUAAAAAAAAAAUUGCUGUGCUGUAUUCAAAAUUCAGGCAACAAUUUGUCAUCAGUGAGCGCCGUCCUCGGCGGCUCCGCACAUGGAGGUCAUAAUAAGUAUUAUAUAUAAUGUAAAUACGUCAGUGCUCACUCAGUGCCCAUACUCUAGUGUAAGUAGACAAAUGGAAGCAAUUUUUGAUAUUAUUGUUUCGUUUUAAAUGAAAAUGUUAGUAUUGUGAUGUCGACGAGUGAUUUACGAUAUUAAAAACGUUUUUAUAUAA